AUGCAGUCUCUACAGCCCCCUCACCCCGCACGACCAAGCGGGCCUCGGUCCAUCGGUCGCGCUCCCUCUCCCCAUCCCUACCCUGAGGUCGCCCCCCUCAACAUCCGCAAAGUCUCCAGAGACCAGUCCAAUGGUUCCCUACUCUCCCCGCCUACCCUUGGCCUGCCUACGGCGCGACCGAAGACCCCUACACUUAUGAUCCCUGGAGCUGGUGCUUCUGGCUCGUCGCCUCGGAAACCCAAGCUUGCCCUGUCGUUGGGAAGCAUGGGGGCUAACACCUUCGAGUCCAUUGGUGGCCCGACCAACCAAGUGUCUUCUCCACCUCUGCGCUCCGACACGGACAACAUUAGCGAGCCUACCAUCCGUCCGGACCAGACUAUCUCGCCACGACCGCGACCACCCCCCUCGGUGUCGAUGCAAGACCUUCGCCAGACGGUCGAGGAGUUCGAUCAAUGGUCCGACGAGGUGCUCGACGAGGUUUCUCGCCUUGGCGAAGGUGCGGGCGGUGCAGUGUACAAAGUACGCGACAAGCGGACAGGGGCGGUGAUGGCCCGCAAGACGAUUACGACGCUCGAGGCCCCGCUGAAACAGCUGCUGCGCGAGAUCACGAUCACGUCCAGCACCUCGCACGUCAACAUCAUCCAUUUCUUUGGCGCGUACAUCAGCCCGAGCAGCAGCGAGGUCAAGGUGCUCAUCGACUACUGCGAGGGCGGGUCUCUCGAGGCCGUCGGGAAGCGCAUGCGCGAGAUCGGCGGCCGGGUCAGCGAGACUGUCGCCGGGCGACUUGCGGAAGGGAUCCUCCAGGGCCUGAACUAUCUGCAUUCGCGCAAGACGAUCCACCGCGACAUCAAGCCACCGAACAUCUUGCUCACCCGUGAGGGUGUGGUGAAACUUUGCGACUUCGGUGUCUCGGGCGAGCUUAUCAACUCCAUGGCGGGAACGUUCACUGGGACGAGUCUCUACAUGGCCCCGGAGCGUUUGUCUGGGCAUGACUACUCCAUCCGGUCAGACGUCUGGUCCACCGGCAUCAGUCUCCUCGAGCUCGUGACCAACCGUUUCCCAUUCCCCACCGAUCUCGCCGCGAUCGAGCUGAUGAUGUACAUCGUCCAAAACGAGCCCCCGGAGUUGGAGGAUGAGGAGGACGAGAACAUCAUUUACAGCGACGACAUGAAGGACUUCAUGAAGAGGGCACUCAUGCGUGAUGGCGCUGUCCGUCCUUACCCCAGAGACCUUCUUGAGCACCCGUGGAUCAUCGCCGUCAUGCAGCGCAAAGUCGACAUGGCGUAUUGGAUGCGCAAAGUUUGGAACUGGCCAAAAGAGAGGAAAUCGAGUGACAGUGCCUCGCGGCCCAGCUCGAGUCAUAGAGAAACCCAGUCUUUGGAUGCGUCGAUGGCGAGCCUAUCUAUCAGCUCCCAGGCGUAA